AUGCGACCGGCCACCGCCGCCGCCGCCGUCGGGAGACCCUCGAGCAGCGGCUCCAGCGUUGCGAGCUCGGUCAGGACGAAUGAGAGCUUCGACGGCAUUCUCGCGAGCCCCGCGAGCAGCAGGACGAGCCUCGAGUCGUGGAAUUCGGGUCCGCGGAGACCCGAUCACGGAUGGCAGCGACCGACACCAAUCAAGCAAUACCGACGAAAGCGAGAAACGGGGGAGCUCUUCGCCGUCUUGCCCGAGGAGGUGCUGGGGCUCAUGUUGGACGAGCUGAGGAGGUUGCAUCUAAAACCGGAUAGCACGAGCUGUGCGACAUGCAUGAUGAGGGAUCUGUGCUCCGUUUCCCUGUCGGCGCGGAAGUUUUUGAAGGUUGCCCGGGUUGCACUGUACGAGGAUAUCCAGCUGGUCGGGGCGGACUCGCCACUGCAGAAGAAGCGAUACAAGCUAGGCUUUGGCUCUCGAUUGGUUUUGCUCCGCCGGACGUUGAGAUCGAACCCCGAGCUUGCAGCAAUGGUCCGCUGUCUCAAAGCUCCCGCGGUGCCUCAGGGAAUCGCCCUUGAUCUGUACCAGAACCUCGUGGCCUCCGUCGUCAUGGCAUGUCCAAAUUUCGAGCGGUUGGUCGGAUUCCACCACAACCACGAUCACUCGUUCAAUCGUCUGUUCCACGCCUUGUCGACUAGGCAUAAGUUGAAGGAGAUGUACUGGACCAUAGACGCCUCCCAAUUCCAGAGGAAGCGCCGCAUGUCGAACGCCGCCGCCUUGCUGAAUUCGGAUAACCUCCGCUAUCAGGAAGUCCCCGGGGACCUUCUCCCCGAGCAGAGCGAGGCGUUCCUCGAGCUGCACGCGGACUGGGAAGACCUGAAGAUCUUGUCGAUACACUGCCUCCCGGGGGCCACACUUACGCCGGUUUCUCUGAUUCCGGACAUUCUAUCCCGCCUACCGUCCCUCGAGAGUCUUCACCUGUCUCACCUGCCGAUCACGGCUUUCAACGACGCGAAUCUGCUAUCGCUCCCCUCACUACAGACGCUCACGCUAUCGCAUCUCCCUGGCGUGUCUAGUGAGGGCCUGUCGUCGUUCGCGAGGCGUCCUUCGAGCCGGUCGAUCCGGAAGCUAACCCUGCAGCACGUGGACGUAGACUCACUACCCGCUCUCGCACAGAUAUUCUCGAACUUUACGUCGCUGGAGACCUUCUCGCUGGUUCAGAGCUCGCCGCCGAUCCUGCCGCCGAACGAGAUGAUCUGGCUGUUCCCCUACCUCGCCUCGCCGUCGCUGCGGAAGCUGCACUGGGACAUCACGAGCAACCAGGCGUGGGCGAACCCGGCGGACUCGAUUCUGGCGAAGAGCGUGGCGGCGGGCGGGUUCCCGGCGCUCUGGAUGCUGCGGACGCCCAACGACCCGGAGGGCAUCUUCCAGGCGCUCUGCAAGCCGACGGAGAGCAUCGAGACGUCGAGCGACAAGUUCCGGGGGCUGAUAUCGAAGUGCACGUCGCGCCAGCCGGAGCCGCCGGCGACGCCGACGACGCCGAGCACGCCGCGGACGCCUAGCAAGGUGUCGCCGUCGAGCUCGGGACUGAGCUUCCCGAUGGGCGACCAGCUCAUCCCGUCGAAGGCGUCGAGCGACCUCGGGCGGGCGCGGCUCGCGGCGCAGGGGCGGCUCGAGGCGGCGCGGCAGUCGCCGCGGUUCGUGGUGAGCGUGACAGCCGAGGACGGCAGCGAGCUCGAGCGGUACGGGCUCGCCGGGUUCCUGGGGCAAGUCGAGUCGCAGGUGCGGUACCACCUGGGGCCCGACCCGGGGGCGACGGACGAGAGCGGCGGGCUCGUCGACGUGGCGGACGUGCUGCUGGCCGACGGCGGGGAGAAGCUGGGGCCGGGAGCGGGGGCGGGGGGGACCAGCUCGCGCGGAGGGCCCGGGACGGGCGAAGGGUGCGUCGGCCGGUGGAACUCGUGGAGCAGCGGGGCGGCGGUCGACAAGAAGGACCGCGAUCGCUGGUGGCAUACGGAGCGCGGGAGGUGGAGGGCCGUGACGCUGUCGUGA